AUGGCUGAGGGAAGGUCGCUAAAAUCCAUGAAGAAACAAGACAAUUUUCAUCACCAUAGAGGCAGCCACACACUAAAUGCACACCACCAUAAAACAAAUACAGAGCAUCUUCAGGCCUCACCCACAGGUGGAGUCCUUCGCGCUGGUUUUCCUGUUGCAGAAAAAAGAGUAGCAUUCCCCCCACAGGCACCAACCAAAAGUGAAGGAGAUGGGAAUGCAAAACUAAAAUUCAUCAAUGGAUUUCGACCUACAAUGCCAGGUAAGAGUCCAGGUGCAGGCCAUUCUUUUACGGAGCACAGACUUGAUACUCAAUCAGAAGCAUUGGAUAGUGUUUCCAGCAUUCAUCAGUCUAGUUCAGAACACGAUAAUGAUUUCCGACCCGCAGGUCCAGGCCACAGCCCUGGUGCUGGUCAUUCGAUACACAACUAA